AGACCGGAACUCUUAUCGUGGUCGAUGACUCUUUUUCCUUGUCCUCCUUCAGCUAUGAUAACAUCGAUUUGAUAAUAGAAUCUUUUAAUCAAUUCCUUAUCGAAAAAGGGGGACAUUUCGAGGGGAACACACUUGAUAGCCAGCGCUCCAAAUCGACUUAUCACAAAUUGUGAAUGACUCAAAGAUCGCCAUCCAACGCUUUAUAACGAGUUCGUUCGGAUCCGGGAAGUUGGUCCAAACGAAGGGAGCAUCGCACAGUGUUCUUCAUUCAUUAACUCGCCGGUCUCCUCCCAACGGCAUAAGAGGCAUCGCGUUCUAGAUCGUUCGAUUCCUAUUAUCCAGCAUGGGGAGCAAAUCCGAGCCUGCCUUCAACUUGUCCUCCGUGACAGAUGCCUCGGUUGUGGAGAAGCACCUCACCUCACUCCGGGAACUUCUCCAGCACUGUAUCAAUGAUGAACCCGACAUCUCGUCCCUCGGGUUCCUGGCGCCGCUCUCUGACCACACGGCUGCCAGCUACUGGCUUGAGCUCCUACCGACUGUGAUGGGACCUAGCGCUACGACCACGCUGCUCAUAGCGACACCUCCUGGUAGUGAUAAAGUCGUCGCUACAGUGCAGUUGGCGAGGAUGCCAAAGGAGACGCACGCUUUCAAGGGCGAGGUCAGGAAGCUGAUGGUGCAUCCUGACUAUCGGCGGCAUGGACUGGGGAAAUGGAUGAUGGACGAAGUGGAGAAGGUUGCUCGCGAAGAGUUUGCAUUGGAAAUGCUGUUGUUGGAUACGUCGAAGGAGACGCCAGCGAGAGAGUUUUAUUUGAAGACUGGAUGGACAGAGUGGGGGAUUUGCCCUAAUUAUGCAAAGUCGUCGAGUGGAGUGAAGCACGACUGCUGUUUCUUUGUGAAAAGCUUGGUAUAGUGUAGAGAUGAGACUUUGUUGAACGGAUAUUUUGUUUGACCGCAGUUUUUGGUGUUGACUAUCACGGCAAGAUAGAGGUUUUAUUAGAACGCGUUGA